AUGGACGAAAUCCACAACGAGCCACUUUUAGAAGAAUAUAUGUGGAAAAAAAUGGAUCCAAAGGAACGAUGGGAACAAGAACAAAUUAAUGAUCUGGAAGGAUUUGCUGCUCUAGAACAAUUAAUAUUAAUGCAGGAUGAACUUGAACAAUCCGAGCAAAUUGAUCGAAUUCAGCGAUUAAAAGAAGAGGAAGAACAAACUAAACGAGAACAAGAACAAAGCCAACUGAAACAAUGGGAGCAAGAGCAACUAGUUGAACAGAAUCGAGUCGAUAUUAUAGCACAUAUAACACAAAUAGAAGAUGAUAUUGAACAAUUCAACCAAACUGAAGCUAUUCAACAGAUGCAAGACGAAAUAGAUGGAAAAGAAUUGCAAUUGAGACAAAAGAGCCAAAUGAUGUACAAUUAUUUCAAUACGAACAAUGGGAACAUGUUACAUUCUUAG